GUAAAUUUUUUAAAUGUUUAUGCUUUUAUGUUUAAAAUGUGUAGAAAAUAUUACGUAUAGGGUAUUUUUAUUUUUGUUCAUAAAUAUGAUACAAAUUAAGACAGCCUUUGUAACUACGCUCCACGUUGUCAGGGUAUGAUACAAAUUAAGGCAGGGGAUGUUUUUUCAUGUUCGUUUUUGUCCGCCACUGUUCCGAAAAAUGUAUGGUGUUAUUUUAUUAUUUAUGCAUCUUUUCUUCCAUAAAUCCUUUAAAAAGUUGUAUAUUACUUCACUGUAUCCAAUAAUAUUGUAUGUAUUCUCAUAUUAUUGUAUUAUAAAAUACUACGGCAAAUCUAAGCCAGUAUUCCGCAGAGCGGCCAAUGUUGUGGUUUGAAAUAAGCUGAUGGCAAAUACGGGUUUGUUUCGCCAUAAUUAAUGCAAUUCUGAGCGAAUUCUCUUGCUUCUAGUUAGCAUAAACGAAUAUCUAGAUACUUGACUUAUAUGAGACAAGGUUUUUUUUCCUUAUAUAACGUGUUUUUAGGUGGAAAUAUGAAUUGAGUAUAUCUUGUGAAUGUGAACUACUUUUUUUUCGUUAACAGAUUACGUUGGCGGCAUGUUUAUUGCGUAAAAAAAUUAUGUGAUUCCGUUCACAAUUUUCCUUUAUAUCAUCGUAAUACGAACUUUACGUUAUUUAUCUUAUAUCAGCGUGAAACCAACAGUAAAAUAUGUUCUUUCAAGCACAGUAGUUUUGAUUAAAAUGAUUUUAUCUCAAUUUUAUCUACGGUUGUGUUUUUGGUGGCAUACGUUUACUGGAGUUUAAUUCUUGUUGCCGAUGUGCGAUAAUAGUCAUUAGCAGCUUGAACAGUUUUCUCAGCUUCAGUUAUAACUAGGAUUAAAUAUAACAGUAUAUUUCCCGAUUGAUCUUUGAUCUAUAUAUUGAUCUUUGAUCUUUAGCGAAUAAAGUUAUUACAUUAAGAUAUCUCAGUUCUAUUCUACAUAACAUCAUUUAUAACAGCUACGGUAAUAGUGUACUGUAGUAUGAUAAUUGAAAUACAAGCCAAACAGAUGUUAUCCAAUUCGGUUGUACUUAGAAAAAAUAAAAGUCGUUUCUCGUUCGGUUGUUCAUGGCUGUAUACGUUCACGCAACGAGUAUACGUUAAAACCAUACUUUUAUCAUUCUCUUUUGCUGUUAUUGAACUUAUGCAAUUAGAAGAUGGGAUAAAGUUAGGCUAUUGUAAUUUGGUCUCUCAUAAAAUCGGACUAUCGUAAGACGAAUUAUCGUGACUUGAACAUCACAGCUACCUGUACACUGUAUAAACCUUAUUAUUUCUUUACAUACUCUAGACACUCAAAGGAUUAAAGCUAGGCUUUUUUCACUUUACUGUAUUUAUAAUGCUAUAAUGUACUAUACAGUAAAUUCUAUAGUACUAUAUGUACUGCAUAAAUAUAAUUUUACUUACUGCGCCAUUGCGGGAUUGGCGCCUUUGACUGGGCUAGAGUUUCGAAAGAAGGUGUGCAGCGGCCGUAGACUUUAACAUGGGUAGCUUAGCGUCAAAAAUCACUCUGCGUCGGCGGCCAGGAACGGAACCCCUGCUGCUAACCGAGGGCCGCCUAUUUGGUUGCAUUACGUACAUUAAUAAUCCAGUCUACUAAGAAUUCCUACCUCAGUAUUGUCAUUUUCUUAAUAUGUUAAUACCAGUAGUCACAUUCUCUAGUGAAACAUUUUCUUUAUUAGGUUUUAUUGCUGUUUCCAGCCUUGCAAAAAUGUAUCCAGGUGUAUUGUUUAUUUUUACUAUAUUCACAUACUACCUAGUACAGUAUAGAUUUAUAAAAUCCUCAUAGAGAGGUGCUCAUGUUAUCUUGAGUGCUGUAGACAAUCACACUUGUGGGGUUAAGGAAAUUGUGGCAACUUAAUUGCGUACCCACAGUGAAAUAUGUGAUGAGGUUAUGUAAUUAAAGUUGAUCUGCUGAAUUAUUUACAAAUUUUGUUGAAUCUUCACAAUUCAGUAUAAUUAGAGAUUCUGUUUACCAGUUUUGUACAUGAACUUUCCUGUCAGAUAUAUACUUAGCUAUAGUCUCCGAUGUUCCCGACAGAAUUUCAAAUCUCGCGGCACACGCGACAGGUAGGUCAGGUGGUCUACCCUUCCCGCCGGUGGGAGGCGGGUGUAUGAACCAAUCCCGUUUUCUAAUCAGAUUUUCUCUGUCGCUGGAACCGGCAACACCUGUUGUGGAUUCCUCCUGAUAGUUGAUUUCGCUCUCGCUUGCCUAGGAUCUUUUAUGGACGGAUUAUUGGUGACGUACUGGAUCUUUUUGGCUUGGCAUACGCUUUUCGUGGACUGUAUAGAUGAAUGGAAAUCUCUUUCUUCCUACUUGAGGAAGUUGGAGAGAGACAGGGUGCGUAAGGCUUCCUCCAGAAGCUCGAGUAGGUCUCGCGUUAGCUAGCUAGAGUUAGAUCCUAACCCUCUAGUAGAAGCAGAUCCUUCUUUCCCUGUUUCAGCCCCUGCGCCCUGCGUCGAACCCGAGGAUACGUCUUUGGAGGUGGCUGCGAUGAAAGCCAUGAUCCGCAGCGUGGAGCUCAAGAUCCGCUCCUUGGAGAAAGGUAAGAGUGAAAGUGGAAGUGAUUUGUGCAGUGCCCCCAGUGUUGUGGAGGGGACGUCUGACCGGCUCCGUAGCGCUUCCAGGCCUAGACCUCUUCCAGACUCCUAGACCCAGUGGAGGAGAAAAGUCGACAGCCGCAGGAAGGUUAGGGAGAACCCCCACCGGUCAGGCGUCCCUUCGGCAGAUCCUGAUGUGCGUUCCCAGGCUGCCUCGGACCGCAUCAAGAAGGACAUUCUACGCCAGUGCUUCUCUUCGUUUGCUUCGCCAUCGCCGAAGCGUGGAUGGAGCUCCCCGGAAGCUUCGCGCCCCUUGAAGAGAGCCUAGAAGCCGCCCUGCAGCUCCCUGGCUUCCAGCCCGGAAGUCUUUCCAGAGGAGCCUUCUCUGGAUGUGAAGAGGCCCAGGAGAUCUCAAGAUUGCUCUUCUCCUGUUUGCCUCGCUCUUCUUCUCCGGAAGAGGAGCCUGAGAAGUCCCCUUCUCGUAUUCUCGCUGGGCUCCAGGCACAGAUUUCGGCCCUUGCUGACUCCUUGGCUGGUAGUUCUUGUUGGACGAAGGAUGUUUCUCUCCCCAUCAAGAAGUCCAGGCGCCCGUCUCUUUACUUACGCUCUCCUCUCCGUAGGCGCUCUUCUCCGGAUGUUGUGGCUUCUCCCGAGCGAGGUGUUUCUCGCGAGAGGCGCUCCUCUCCUGGCAGGCUCCCUUCCUCGUCCAGGCGCCAGUCUGCUUGCAGGCGCUCCUCUCCUGUCAGGCGCUCAUCCCCGAGCGGGCGCCAUUCUCUGGACAGGCGCUCUUUUCAGGACAGGCGCCAGUCUCCUCGCAGGCUCUCCUCUCCCAGCAGGUGCUUUUCUCCUGGCAGGCACUCUCCUCUUGUCAGGCGCCACUCUCCUAGUAGGCGCUCUUCGCCUGGCAGCCGCUCUCCUCUUGACAGGCGCCAAGAGCCUUGCAAGCGCUACUCCCCUAGUAGGCGCUCUUCGCCUGGCAGCCGCUCUCCUCUUGACAGGCGCCAAGAGCCUUGCAGGCGCUACUCUCCUAGUAGGCGCUCUUCUCCCGGAAGCCGCUCGCCUCUUGACAAGAUCCAAGAGCCUCGUGGGCGCCCUCUUCAUGGGAGGCGGUCUUCUCCUGAUAGGCGCUCUCUGUUGUGCAAGUUUUCUUCGACUUCUAAGCGCGCGUCUUCUCCCAGACUCCUCGUAUCCAGCAGGCGCUCGUCUUCAACUGCAUGUGGCUCUCCUGAUGUAUUUGCCUCUCCUGACAGGCGCCAGGCUUCUCGUAGGCGCCCUUCUCCUGACAGGACUGCCUCCUCUACUAAGGACCCUCCUCGUUCUUCGGUGGAAGAGGACCAGGAAGGCUCGGACGACGACUGCCAAGACUGCCUACAAGAAGCUGACCGCCUUGCUUCUCCAAGAGUUUGGAGAUUCCCUCAGCCCUGCCGUUCCUCCGUCUCCGCAUUCUCUGUUUUCGACCUCCAGAACUACGAAGGGUUCCUCGUGCGUCAGAAUGAAACCAACCUUAUCGAUGAAGAAGGCCCUGGGGGGGUUUGGCUUGUGGCUUCUUUCCAAGGAAGAAGCAGGGAAGACAGUUUUUUCCUUCCCCCCCUUCCAAGCUGACGGGACAUACGGGGUUCUGGUAUGAGACGGGAGAACCUUUGGGCCUGGGACUUCCUUCUUCAGCGGAUUCGGACUUCUCUUCUUUGGUGGACGCCACCAGACGUUCGGCCCUUAAUUCCGCCAAGACGUCGUGGGCAAUGAAUGAGCUGGAUCACCUUUUGAAGGGGAUGUUCCGGGUCCUCGAAGUGUUCAACUUUCUGGAUUGGUCAUUGGGAGUUUUGGCCAGAAGGACUCAGACGCCGGACGCCCUUUCGCCAGAAGACCUCCACUGUGUUUUGUCCUGCAUGGAUAAGUCCGUGAGCGAUGGCUCGAGUGAGAUUGCUUCAUUGUUCGGGGCAGGAGUAGUCAAGAAAAGGGUGGUGUACUGCUCCUUCUUGACGAAAUCGGUUUCACACGCCCAGAGGUCUUCGCUGUUAUAUUCGCAGCUCUCUUCUCAGCUCUUCCCCAAGAAGAUCGUGCAGGACAUUUCAAGCUCUCUCUCAGCCAAGGCAACACAGGACCUGCUCGCGCAGUCGACAAGAAAACCUCGACCGGCCUUCUCUGCUAAGGCCAAGAAGGAGAAACCUGCAGUGCAGGAGCCCUUUCGAGGGGGUCCUUCUUCCAGAUCUUCUUCUUUUAGAAAGCGAAGACCUGGCAGGAGAGGUAAAACCUUCUCCAAAUCUAUCAAGACCCCUAAGUAACAGGCAAGUCCUCCAGAUGACAGUAGGCACCAGACUCCGAAGGUUUGCAGAUGUCUGGGCCCAAAGAGGGGCAGACACCUGGUCCCUCUCAGUAGUUCAAAAGGGAUAUCUCAUUCCUUUCUCUUCAAGACCUCCCUUAACAACAACUCCAAGGGAGUUGAUGGCCAGGUACAAGGAUCCCAUCAUGAACCAAGCCCUUGUUCUAGCAGUAGACCAGAUGCUGGAAAAAGAGGCUAUAGAACUGGUAUCAGACCUUCACUUGGUAGGCUUCUACAACCGCCUCUUCCUAGUUCCGAAGUCAUCAGGGGGAUGGAGACCGGUUCUGGAUGUAAGCACCCUGAACUUCUUUGUGGAGAAGAGGAAGUUCUCCAUGGAAACACGUCAUCAGUGUUGGCUGCUCUUCGUCCAGGGGACUGGAUGGUGUCCCUGGAUCUGCAGGAAGCUUACUUCCAUGUGCCGAUCCAUCCAUCCUCAAGGAAGUACCUAAGGUUCAUGAUGCAAGGGAAGGUAUACCAGUUCAGGGCCUUUUGCUUUGGCCUCUCGACAGCCCCUCAGGUUUUCACGGGGCUCAUGAAGAACGUCGCGCAGUGGCUACACUUGGAAGGAGUGAGGAUAUCCCUUUAUCUGGACGAUUGGCUAAUAAGAGCCAGGUCAAGGGAACGUUGUCUGGAGGACCUUCAAAAGACUAUGGACAGGCAAGUUUGCUGGGACUUUUGAUCAACUUCCAGAAAUCCCAGCUCAUCCCCAGUCAGGAAUGUAUUUAUCUGGGGAUUUGGAUGGAUUCUCGGGGUUUUCGGGCAUAUCCGUCCCUGGAAAGGAUAGCCUGAGGCUCCGAGAAAAUCGCAACCUUUCUAGGGAAAGAUGCAUGCACAGCGAGGGAGUGGAUGAGUUUGCUGGGGAGACACUCCUCGCUGGAGCAGUUCGUUUCCCUAGGAAGGUUGCACCUGAGACCUCUUCAGUUCUUUCUGAAUCAAAAUUGGAAUUGUCGUUCCCAGGAUUUAGCGUUCUCCUUCGUUGUCACUCGGUAGAUCAAAAAGAAGCUCUUGUGGUGGGCAGAUCCCAGCAGAUUUGUUGAAGGUCUGUCACUGCAAACCUUGAACCCCAGCCUAGUGUUGUUCUCCGACGCGUCGGAAGCAGGUUGGGGGCCAACUCUGGGAACGAAGGAAGUGUCAGGCACCUGGGAGGGAGAACAGGUGGCCUGGCACAUCAACAAGAUAGAACUGAUGGAUGUUUGGCUGGCGUUGAAAGCCUUCGAGUCUCACGUCCGAGGCGCCGUUGUUCAGGUGAACUCGGACAACACCACAGCUCUGGCAUACAUCAGGAAACAGGGGGGGACUCACUCCUUCUCCCUGUACGAAACAGCGAGAGAUCUUUUGCUGUGGGCCGAGCCUCACCUGAUUUGUACAGGGGGAAAGGAAUGUAAGGGCAGACCUCCUAAGCAGAAAAGAUCAGGUCCUCCCGACGGAAUGGAUGCUUCAUCAAGAUGUUUGCCAGAGCCUGUGGAAACUGUGGGGCAGGCCCCAUCUAGACCUCUUCACCACCUCCAGGAACGUGAGACUAGACCUUUAUUGCUCCCCAAUCUCGGAUCCGAGGGCAAUAGCAGUGGAUGCCCUUCUGCUGGAUUGGAAGGGUCUAGAUCUGUACGCUUUUUCUCCCUUCAAGAUCCUGGGAGAGACCCUAAAGAAGUUCGCCGCUUCGGAUUCAGCAAGGAUUACUCUGAUUGCUCUGUUCUGGCCUGCCCAAGACUGGUUCACAGAGGUACUGGAAUGAAUGGUGGACUUUCCAAGAUCCCUUCCACCAAGGAAGGAUUUGCUUAGACAACCCCACUUCGACAGGUAUCACAAAAACCUCCCCGCUCUCAGUCUGACUGGCUUCAGACUGUCCAAAGUCUUGUCAGAGCGAAAGGAUUUUCUUCUAAAGCUGCAAAAGCUAUUGCCAGAGCAAGGAGAUCUUCCACCUUGCGCGUCUACCAGUCGAAGGGGGAUGUCUUUCGUCGAUGGUGCAGGAAUCAGAAAGUUUCCUCUUCCAGUACCUCUGUGACCCAAAUUGCUGACUUCCUUCUUUUCCUCAGGGAAGAGUGUGGGCUAGCAGUCUCAACAAUCAUGGGUUACCGCAGUAUGCUAGCCACAGUGUUCAGGCACAGAGGCUUGAACAUUUCGGAUAACAAGGACCUUCAUGAUCUGGUCAGGUCUUUCGAAACCACUAAGAAAGGGUCCUCGAGAACACCCAGUUGGAAUCUCGACGUGGUUCUUCAAUUUUUGAGGUCUGGAAGAUUUGAGCCUCCUCAGUCAGCUUCCUUUAGGGACCUAACCAAGAAGUCCCUUUUCCUCAUGGCUUUGGCAUCCGCCAAAAUAUGAGUGAAAUUCAAGCCAUAGAAGGAAGAGUAGGCUUCAAAGAUCAGUCCGUGAUUUGUUCCUUCCUUCCCUCAUUCUUAGCUAAGAAUGAAAACCCCUCUAAUCCAUAGCCCAGGAGUUUUGAGGUGCAAGGUUUGUCUGCUCUCGUAGGGGAAGAGGCAGAAAGGGCUCUUUGCCCUGUUAGAAGCCUUAAGUAUUAUCUCAGAAGGAAGAAGCAACUUAAGGGCAAUAUGGACAACCUCUGGUGUUCUGUGAGGGACCCCAGUAGGCCCUUGUCUAAGAAUGCUCUGGCAUUCUUUUUGAGAAGCCUAGUUAAAGAAGCCCACGUAGCAUGUGACGAGGACCAGUUCAAGCUCCUUAAGGUUAAGGGCCAUGAAGUGAGGGCCAUUGCCACUUCAUUAGCCUUCAGCAAGAAUAUGUCAGUACAAAACCUUAUGAAGGCGACUUAUUGGAGAUGUAACUCUGUCUUCGCGAGCCACUACUUGAGAGACGUCAGGAUCACUUGUGAUAAGUGCUUUGCCUUAGGACCCUACGUAUCUGCAGAUUCGCUGCUGGGGCAGGGAGCUGAAACGUAUCCUUUUUAGUUUAGCUAUUUUUUAAUCCUAUUUGGUUUGUGUUUUUAUGGUCGGAUGAAAGAGGAUGCAGGUAGGCAUCUCUUUCGUGUCUUAGAUCAAACACGGGUUAGAUUGGUUAGGUGGUCUGGAUUGUUUUGGCUCCUUGUGAUAGUAGUGGACAGGUUCUGUCAUGUAAGCGGGCGAACCCCUUUGACAAGAUCCUACUUGGAUUCUGCCAUGUAACUGGAUGAGAAAUCCCUUUGGUAGAUCCGAAAAGUCUUUCAGCAACAGGUCACGCCCUCGCUGUAGCUCUUCAGGCAAUGCAGACUCAUAGACAGUAUCCAUGAAGUCUUCUGCCUAACCAGGUAAGAACCAAGGUUUUUAUAUCCUACAACAUGUGUUGUUUCCCUUUUCUAUAUUGUUUAGCUGUCUCUUACCCUCCACCAAGGUGCCAAUCAGCUAAGUAUAUAUCUGACAGGAAAGUUCAUGUACAAAAAUGAUAUUGUUAUGAUACAAUAAAGUUUUGUACAUACUUACCUGGCAGAUAUAUACGAUUAAUGGCCCGCCCAGCCUCCCCUCAAGAGACAGGUGGAAGAGAAAAUCUGAUUAGAAAACGGGAUUGGUUCAUACACCCGCCUCCCAGCGGUGGGAAGGGUAGACCACCUGACCUACCUGUCGCGUGUGCCGUGAGAUUUGAAAUUCUGUCGGGAACGUCGGAGACUAUAGCUAAGUAUAUAUUUGCCAGGUAAGUAUGUACAAAACUUUGUUUCAUAACAAUAUCAUUUUACAUACUAUUUUACCUCUGCAAUACUUGCUAUUCUGAUUGCUAGAUUUUUAGGCAUGUAUGUUGGUCUUGAUUGGUUUAGGGAAAAGGGAUUGAUUGAAUGCCAGAAAUAAGGAUAAAAUUAAUUUUUUCUCUUCU